GGAAGCCACUCUUAACUCAGACAUUCUCGUAAAUAGAUCACACGAAAUAAUUGCUGCCUUGAGUCGACAUCAUGAAAUUCCACAUAUCUGUUGCGCUAGUAGCUAUCGUCAUCAUGACGCUUUCUGCUGAUGCAGUUGUUAGAAGAAAAUGUGCUAAGAUUUGCCCCCUGAUUUAUGCUCCAGUAUGUGGCAGUAAUUUGGUAACUUAUUCCAAUCUUUGUAACCUGAGAAGCUCGGCUUGCAUAAAAAAGAUACGAAUUUCUGUACUAUUCAGAGGACCAUGCAAAUGCUUGCUGCAGCCAGUGACCGGACCAUGCGAAGCACUCUUCAGACGAUUCUACUAUAACGUCAACCUAAGAAAAUGUUUGCCAUUUAUAUAUGGUGGUUGUGGUGGAAACAGAAACAACUUUAAAAGUAAAACUUCUUGUGCAAGUGACUGUAAAUUUUAGGCACUUACGUGAAGCCACCAAAAAAAGGGUGAAAUGAAACAGGAGCUGCGUAAAUGUGUGUUUGGUGUUCACAUUGGCUUUGUUGAACUUUUUCUUUAAUUAUGUAGUUUUCUUCAUUCAGUAAUACAAUAUGUUAAUCUUUUCUUUCUUUAUUAAAGACCAUUGUUGCAAAA